AAAAAAAGAAUUAAACGAUACACAAACAUGGCGGAAAAUUUGAGCGGCUAUCCGAUAGCUCCGCUUUCUCUCAUAUUUCACGGGAAACAUCAACAACGUCUUCCUCAUCAAUGCUUCCUCCUCUCUCUCUCUCUCUGCUUUUCUUUGCUUUCUUUUCACUCCUCUCUCUUCUCCUUCAUGUGUGAAUCAUUUCUUUUCUUUUCAGCUCAUGGAUACUAUAAUUGCAGAUAAAAGCCACGAUCGAAUGUAAUUUGCCUGAGUUUCGGAUCUCUUCAUCUUCUUUCAGCUGCAGAUUUUGAGGUUGCUGCGGUCGAUUGUGAUUUUUUUUCCUUUUUUUUUUGGUUGAAAAUAAUGGAGAAGAAGAAGUAUCCGAUUGGGCCGGAGUUUUACGUUCUGUAUGAGGAGGUUGGGCAAGGUGUGAGUGCUUCAGUGCAUCGGGCUUUGUGUAUUCCCUUUGAUGAGAUUGUUGCAAUCAAGAUUCUUGACUUUGAACGCGAUAAUUGUGAUCUGAGUAACAUUUCUCGUGAAGUACAAACAAUGAUCUUGGUUGACCAUCCAAAUGUUCUCAAAUCACACUGCUCCUUUGUUAGUGAUCAUAAUCUGUGGGUUGUUAUGCCGUUCAUGGCUGGGGGUUCUUGUCUUCACAUAUUGAAAGCUGCUUAUCCUGAUGGUUUUGAGGAGGUGGUGAUAGCAACAAUACUACGUGAGGUGCUGAAGGGCUUAGAGUAUCUUCAUCAUCAUGGUCACAUACAUCGAGAUGUUAAAGCGGGAAACAUUCUCAUUGAUCCACGUGGUGCAAUCAAGUUGGGAGAUUUUGGUGUUUCUGCUUGCCUUUUUGAUUCAGGUGAUAGGCAACGCAUGAGGAAUACAUUUGUGGGGACACCUUGCUGGAUGGCACCUGAGGUCAUGGAGCAGUUGCAUGGAUAUGAUUUCAAGGCUGAUAUUUGGUCAUUUGGGAUAACUGCUUUAGAGCUUGCUCAUGGGCAUGCUCCAUUCUCAAAAUAUCCUCCAAUGAAGGUAUUGCUAAUGACUUUGCAAAAUGCACCUCCCGGCCUAGAUUACGAAAGGGAUAAUAAAUUCUCUAAGUCUUUUAAGCAGAUGAUUGCUAGUUGCUUGGUAAAAGAUCCUUCGAAAAGGCCAUCUGCAAAGAAGUUGUUAAAGCAUUCCUUUUUUAAGCAAGCUAGGUCAAAUGACUACAUAUCAAGGACACUUUUGGAAGGAUUGCCUGCUCUUGGUGAUCGUAUUAAGGCAUUGAAGAGAAAAGAAGAGGAUAUGCUUGCACAAAAGAAGAUACCAGAUGGACAGAAGGAGGAAAUAUCUCAGAAUGAAUAUAAACGAGGAAUUAGUGGUUGGAACUUCAAUCUAGAAGAUAUGAAGGCUCAAGCUUCCCUGAUACAAGAUGUUGAGGACCCUAUAGCUGAUAAUAAUCUGGGAGGAAUCUCAAGUACAUUGCCUACAGUUGAUACACUUGAAAAGCAAUUAGAGUCUCAGCACUCAUCCUUGGGACAAAUUGCAGAAGUGGAUGAUAAUGAUCCAAUACAAAAUCAACCCAAUCCUGUUCCAUCAGUCAACUCAUCUGUAAAUAUUGCCAAAGUUAGAAGUGAAAAAUCUGAUGAUGACUCCAGUAUUGCACGUCCACAUGAUGAACAAUACGUUUCACAUAUUUCUUCACCACCUGAUGAUAGUGUGGAAAACAAUGUGUCCGAAAAAUCUAUUUUUGAGAUCAAUGGAAGAUCAAUGGAGGGCAUACCUUCUCAACAAAAAUCAGGAGGUUUAGGUGGCUCUACUUUACCAGAAAAUUUAUUUCCUCCUAAUAAAGGAGAAAGUGAUAAGUUGCAAAAUCAACCACAAAAUAAUUCCAGUCCAGAAGGUGAGGAUGUACUUUGUGAAAAUCCUCCUAAAGCAUCUAAAUUAUCAGCAGCACCUAACAGUGAUGAACUUGAUGAAAAAGCAAAACCACCAGUUGUUCAGCAAAGGGGACGUUUCAAAGUGACUUCGGAGAAUGUUGGUAUAGAAAAGGCAGUUGCACUUCCUAUAUUGCAAAAGAGUCAUAGUAUGCAGGUUCGUAGUUUUGAGGUGCUUCACCAACAUCCUAUAAUGUCUAUACCAUCAUCUUCUGAUGCUGUGUCAUCAACUCUUUCUGGUCAUUCUCUGUUUCCACUGUUGAAUUCAGUUUUGCAGACAAAUAUUCUUCAGAGGGAUACUAUUCUUACUCUAAUGAAGCAAGUUUGUGGUUGCGACAAUUCAGCCAACCGCGCCACUGAUGGAGGAUCCACACUGGCACAAUUAGGUUCCACAGAGAGAUCUUUGCUAGAAGCUGCACAUGACAGGGAGAAAGAGUUACUUCAUGAAAUAACGGAGUUGCAGUGGAGGCUAGUAUGUGCUCAAGACGAACUCCAAAAAUAUAGAACAGAAAAUGCUCAGGUAUGAUUUCAUUAUUGAACUCGAAGCUGGGCGAAAUUGCAACAAUUUGUUACUCAAAACGAAGUUAAAAAGAGUGGAAGGAAAAUACAGAAUGAAGAAGAGAGACAUUAUUAAACAUUGUUAGCUCAUUAUUAUUUGUAGCAUAGAUUUGUUUUGUUAUGCAUUAGGCAGGAUAAACAAAACCCAUAUUAGUAUUACCCAACUUGUGCAGAUUAAGCAAUGAUACUAUAAGUUGUACAUGAAUAAUAUUAUCCUUUCCAAGCCAGCUUGGGAGUUGUAAAUAUGACCUUUAAGCUUAAUAGUAGGCAUAUUCUCUA